GAAAAUGUUUUGUAAUUUUAAUCGACUAGACAGAAGUAUCCUUUGCGUCUAUCAAUCUCUUAACGAAACAAGGUUCAAGAUGAAAAUUUAAAUCAUUCCUCUUAAAAUAAAGAACGUUGACUUUUUUUGUAAAUGAACCAAAGUUAUAAUAACAAGAGUGACUGUCGGUAAUUUGAUAAUUCGAGGUUAUAUAACUCGUAUUAUCGGAAUUAUAUAUCUGUGUGUGUUUGACCGUACAAGAGUAAAAAAGUUGUUUGUUUAGACAUUUUCUGAUUAAGCACAAAUGGUCGUGGCUUAUCUAGCCAAACGUGACGAUGGAAUAUUUCGUAUGGAGCGUGUACAAAUAUAUUAAUCCAAGAUUCGCGGGGGUAAGACACAAGUGUUACAAGCUGAGUCUGGAAAAUUCGCUCGGGGAAGCGUGAUUGCGACUUGUGAGAGCGAUCCGGAAGGGAGGAAUUUGUCUACCAUAAUUGUUUCCGUUCUCCUAAUAUUCUUGUUUUCUCAAUUUCUUUCUGACCGUAUUGUGUUCUUUUAAAGAAGACAGGUGCCAUAUAAGUAAAAAGAGCCAUUGGAAGCUAGUGCGCGACGAUGGUCUAUCGUCCGGUCAUUCUCGCGUUCGCCAUUUUCUAUCAAUUUUCCACCGACGAGUGUUUUCGUCCACACGUCGCGACGAAUGUAAUUCAGCUUCUCGAACAUGCGCCGAAUAAAACGACGCUCGUUACAAAAGCUGCGCCUCUAUUUAAUGAGACCACCCUAACGAAUUUUACGUACACGCUAUUUACUCGCGUGGACAACACGAGCGAGUUGUCGCAAGCUGCACAACAGCCCCAGGUGGACUGCCUGGGACUAGGGAAGAGAGUCGCGGCGACUCUGGAUUGGUUCUUCAGGAGUAAACCUAACGGGAGUGACGCCUUGGACGUACAAUUUCUUCUGUCCUCUAGGAAACAACCGCGUCGCGUGCAUGUGGUACUCGGCGAGCAGUUCGGUCUGGAAUGGACAGACUUUCGGAUAGAACGCAGGACGGUCAUCAUAGUGCACGGCUUCCUGUCUCACGGCCAGGAGACAUGGAUCAGGGAUAUGGAAAGAGCGUUCCUCGAAUGGGAUGACGUCAACGUGGUGGUAAUAGAUUGGAGCGCCGGCGGUAAUACAUGGAAUUAUUACAAGGCAGCGGUUAACACGAGAAUAGUAGGAUAUCAAGUAUCAAAAUUUGUAGAACACCUGACAAACGCCACGGUCAACGACAAUGGGCCGGACGUAAAUAAUUGGGGGCCUUUACAUCUGGUAGGACAUAGUCUCGGCGCUCACAUUUGCGGAUUCGUCGCUCGAGAGUUAAAAAAGAGGCACAACAGAUGGACUGUGCAGAGAAUCACCGGUCUGGACCCGGCACAGCCAUGUUUUCGCAAGACUGACACGUCUGUCUCUCAUUUACAUAAAUAUGACGCACCCUUCGUUGACGUGAUACAUACAAACGGCAGAUUACUAACGAGUCUAGGUCUUGGCUUACCGGAAGCUAUAGGUCACGUGGAUUUCUACCCGAAUGGCGGUAAAACGCAACCUGGCUGUAUGCGAUCGGAAUCAUCGUAUUUUAAUUAUUUGCCCAUCCCUACGGCUGAGAUACAACGAGCGAUAUGUAGCCACGGACGUUCUUACGUCUAUCUCACUGAAUCGUUGAUAGCGGCUACCGCGCGCAACUGCAGUUUCUGGGCACACCAAUGGAACUUGACAUACAGACAUCUUUUACAAAUCAUCGCGGAACCAUGCGAUAGAAACGUCUGCACGGAAAUGGGCAUUAGAGCAGAAAUGUACAAUCAGCGUGGAAACUUUUUCGUCGCUACAGCCAGCACUACUCCGUUUUGCGUCAAUAGCACCGAUGUCAUUGAGGAGGUGAAACAUCAGCUGCAACAGGAUCACCUUGGCGACACAGAGGAUUGACAAUUUGAUAAAUGCAGCAAAUAAAUGUGUUAACAGUAU